AUGGAGAAGUAAAUGAUAAAAACGAAAGGGAAGGUUAUGGCAGAUAUGAGGUGGUUAAUGCGGGAAUAUAUGUCGGAUAUUGGAGGUGAGGCUUUAAGCAUGGGCAAGGUAAAUUUUGGAAUAAAAAUGGAUCAAUAUAAUAUGAUGGCGAAUGGGAAUGUGGAGAACCUCAUGGUUAUGGCAUAGUAUAUAAUUAAUGGGGAUAACAAAAAUUUGAAGGAGAAUUUUUUAAGGGAAGAGCAAAAGGAGGAAAGUAUUGGUCUGAUUAUAAGCAUGAUAGAUGAAAAAUUCUGCAAUGAUUAUAUGAAACUUGAUAUAUCUAUGAUUAUUGAUAAAAUAUGUUGA